UUGAAAUUGGACCAAAAAAAUGUUAUGAGUAUUUUAACUGCUGCUGAUUAUUUGGAUAUGGAUUCAAUUAUUAAAUUAUGUUGUACAUUUAUUGAGCAAAAUAUAGAUGCCAAAAAUUGCGUACCAUUUAUGUUAGGCGCAAAAGCUAUUUUUCAAACAAAUAUAACACAGUUAUGUUAUUUAUAUUUAGAACAACAUUUCAGCGAUUUAUUGGAAUUGACAGUUGACAAUUUAUAUGAUUUGGGGCACGAUGAUUUGACCAGGUUAAUUUCUAGUGAAUAUUUAGGUAUUCCAGAAGAAAUACAGGUUUUUAAAUUUGUCAUGGACUGGGUGAAACAUGAUAAAGAAAACAGAAAAAUAUUUUUGCCUAGUCUUUUAGAACACGUGCGAUGGCUAGUAAUGUCUCAAGAAGAUUUCGAUGUGGUGUGCGAGGAACCAUUACUUACAAAUCAUAGAGACUAUCUAAACGCAUUAUUAAAAAAUAUUUUCAAAAAGAAUAAGAGUCUUCCUAAAGAAACUAAAAAUCCAUUGGUAAUGUCGUCAAGUGAAACAAGAAGGUUUCCUCAUGAUUUGGGUGUACCUAAUGUGAUAUUUGUAAUACCCAGAGGACUAGGAAAAAUCGGUAAUAAAUUACUCGAGUAUCUCGAUAUCUCAAGUGACACUGACACAGCGGGCAUGGAAUGGAAAAAAAUGCCAAUGUUUUUUAGUUUUAAUCGUCGAUCGUCCAAAUUGGUGGUGUCACCACGUGGGGUGAUGUUUGAAAUCGGCGGGUACAGUAAGACAAGGGCAAUUCUUAAUAAUGUGGACGCAUUAGAUCUUACUAAAGUAAAUCGUAAAUGGAUACCUAAAUCGCCCUUGGGUUUGGCUCGAUUGUUCUUUGCAGUGUGUAUGAGCGAAGAUAAGAUAUUUGUUGUGGGUGGUUUUGCUCAGUACACAACGGGAGGUUUAAUUGGUGCUACUACAAACAUGUGUGAAGUCUACGAUAUUGCCACAGACACGUGGAAGGUUACCACAUCAAUGAGAGUACCUCGGAAAAAUUGCAGUGCGGUGUACAAUAACGGAUUUGUGUAUGUUGUGGGUGGCUCUAGUGAUGAUUCUGACAUCAUUGAACGUUACGAUGUCGCCAAUGAUACUUGGAUGGAAUUUAAUAGAAUGACGUUGCAAAGAAGUCACACUUCUGUUAUAAUAAUGAACUCAAAACUGUACAUUAUCGGUGGUUCUGAUGUAAAUAAUUCUAUGGCAUUGUGUAAUACGGUAGAAUGUUGUAGUUUAGAAACUGAAGAUUGGUGUUCAGUGGCACAGAUGAACAAGCCACGGGCGCUUGCAAAUGCCAUUGUCAUUAAAAAUAAACUGUACGUAAUCGGCGGAGACUACGAUAACGCUACUACGUAUACAGCUGAAACCUAUGAUCCAGUUUUAAAUAAAUGGGACUUGAUAACAGCUCCCAGAAACAUGUUAGAUGACCACAGAAAUGAGCCAGAUGUCGUACCAUUCAGUAAAAUGUUUUUAAGGUUCGCCAAUAUUGACUUGAAAUAAUAUGAGUAUUAUGCGGUGUUAAUAUUUGUCAAGUUAAGAGUUGUAAGUAUUUAAUUUGUUAUUCUAUU